CGAGAGGUCAAGGCCAGACCAACUGUUAAUCCUCAAGGUAUGCGCACCUAACAGUCUCAAUGUAUGUAGUAGUGGGGCCAGGCCCACAGUAGCCUGGCAGGAAUGUGUGUAUGUGUGCUGCAGUCGAAGUAGUAGACACACACACACACACAACACUCGACAUCACACAUUAUUAUUAGUUCCUCCACGUCUUGAGGAUGUAGGAACACGGCGGUGUGUUAUUUAUCGUGUGAGUGUGUUUCGGAUCGCUAGUUUUUUAUCAGGCAUAUGGAGCUAGAGAUGACUGACUUUAUUUUGGAUGUAGGCCACGAUAGGCCAAAUGUUGUUUAUCUUCUUGGAUCUAAUUCCUGAGACAUGCGGAUAUUACAUACACUGUUUCUGUAAUCACUGUGCCGCUAUAAAAGUUAUUAAAAAGUAACUAGAAUAUUGUAGAGUUGUCAAAAAGACUUGCAUUAAGUAGCUCAUGGAGACAUUUCGUGAUUAUAAACAUAAGUGGAAAUAUUUACAAGUUUAACUGUUUAAUCAGCUUGCUGAAACUACUCUAUAGUAUGUGAAUAUGUAAAUCUUACAAUCAAGACUUUUGUUGCUGAUGGUUGUGAAUGUAUGCUUGAAGUUUCUGCAGGAUGGAAAUAAAUAUUAUGUUUUGAUGUGACUUUCCACACUCUGUGAUUCUGGUAGUGGAUUAAAUAUCAUGGAUAUGGCAGCGGAAGUACGGGUACCAAGCCAUUCUCUGGAUGGCAAUCAGAUCACUGUGGACAUACACAGCGUACCUGAGAUGAAUGGCAUUGCAGCUCAUGGGCCGAGCCCUAGCAUUGAGACUAUGGCAGCAUCAGGUGGUGUUCACUUGCUGACAAACAGCAAUGGUGUGGAGUUCACAUCUUGUAGUGCGGUUGACAGGCUAGGUUCGAACGGAGAUGGUGAAAUGAAAUUGGCAGCUAACAGUUCACCAGUUUUCAGUGGGGAUAAUAAUCCAAAGUUGACAAACUCGUUUUCUGAAACUGGCAUUAAGUCACCGACAAGUAGCAGAUGGCACUGGACUAGGUUCCUGUGGAAACAUAAGGAGACUGAACACAAAAAGAAUGGCGACAGUAAGUCACUCACAGUUUCGGCAUCCCAUGCUACCCCAGCUGUUGUUGAAAGAAAAAGCAAGCUUUCAGCUCUCGGCAAAAUCUUUCGUCCAUGGAAAUGGAAGCGGAAGAAGAAAAGCGAGAAAAUUGAAAAAGCUGCAGUGGAAAUUGAGAGGAAAAUCUCUAUGCGAGUUUCUCGUGAAGAGCUGAUUAGGAAAGGUGUAUUACAAGAAGUUGAUACAAGUCAGGUGCCAACACCUAGGCUGGAACCUGUCAAAGAGGUUGAAGAUAAACCUAAAGUCCAGCAAGUUCCUGAUGACCCCAUGACCCAACGGCCAGAAACUCCUGUCCCUGUCAUUGUUGCUAGUUCUGCUCCCACAAUAUCUGUUGUUACCAACUCCAGUGUUUCCUCUGCCAACUCCUCUCAAUGGUCAGUAGUAGCUUCAGCUCCAACAAGCCCAGUGAUUGUUGUCCCUUCAAGUAACACAUCAGCUGAAGUAAACACAGCAACACUUAACACAACAGGAGUAGUGUCAUCAUCUGCAUUCACCAGGCCCAUCAUUGUGGGUCCCAGAUGUCCCAGCCCUUCAGUUCAGAUUCCUCAGGAGCCAAUGAUCCACCCCCCACCGCCCAAGUACACAGAGGCCCUGGCUCACAUGGCACCAGAGCUUGUGGCAGGAGGCAGAAUCCCCAUGCUUCCAAUGGGAGAUGGCUACAAGCAGGUGGCUAUAGUGGCUCCACAAGAGAAUCCAUCAGAUCAAGAAGAUGAUGUGAGUGAUGACCCAGACGAUGUUGACCCCAAUGAGCUCAAUAAAUAUUUAACAGACCCAGAUUUGAUUAGUGCCCAGUCACCAUACGAGGCAGUCUUGGCCAGUGAACCUGACCUUUCCAAGAAGCCGCAGAAGUCUGCCCUGAAGAGACCCAAUGUACCAACAGGGGCUACUGCAGCAAGCUGGACUACAAGACCCCUAGAUACCAGCAGAGCUGUUUUAGUGCCUAGCCCUGGACUUAAUACAUCUAAUCAGCAACAAGAUCUACCUAGACACCCUGAGGGCCCACAGGUUCGUUUCACUGGCCAGCCGACUCCAGUGGGCACUGUCAGACCCAUACCAAGGCCCAGAGUAACAAUACAGGCCGUGGCAGACAAUGAAAGUGAUAAAGACAAGGGCACUAUACCAAGUGUUGAAAUUUCUGACCCCCCAGAGUAUAACAACCAUAUCCCAGGAGAUUCAGAUUCAGAUGAUGAGGAGAUACAGUUUAAAGAUGACUAUGACCCUAAUUCAUUAGCAGCUAAAGUUGCCAGAAAUGACAGUUUGGCAAGAUUCUUAGAAAGUCGACCAUCCAAAAAUGAAUUGGAAGCUAAAAAUAUCAUUCCUACCCAGUCCGAGCUAGAGAAGAAAGAGUUGAGAGAAGCUAUAGGAUCCAAACUUACCAGGCGAUUGAGUCUACGUCCAACUCAAGAAGAACUAGAGAAUAGAAACAUUCUUCACCAACAAAGCCUCGAUGAAGCUAGAGAAGAAAAGGAAAGGAAAAAACGCUAUUUAAUUCGGAAGCUCAGUUUCCGACCCAGUAUAGAAGAGCUUAGAGAGAGAAAAAUUAUUGACUUCAGUGAUUAUGUGGAGGUAACUGAAGCCCAUGAGUAUGACAGACGAGCGGAGAAACCUUGGACUAAACUGACACCAAGGGACAAGGCUGCUAUCCGUAAAGAGUUAAAUGAAUACAAGAGUAAGGAAAUGGAUGUCCAUGAAGAAAGUCGACAUUUUACAAGAUUUCACAAGCCUUGACCCCAGCAUCAACCUUAAGUCUUCACUGUACAGUUCACUAUGGCCUCACCUUCUUCACAGAAAACAUGUUCUCAAUUCCCCUUUUUUGUUUGUAUAUAGAUAACUAUCGACCUAGCUUAAACCAUUGUUUUGAAGUCAUCGCUGCUCACCCAGUGUGCUCACACCCAGUAGUGCUGCCCCCACCCCCAUGGAUGGACCAAUUUACACACAGGCAGCUCAGUCUGGGGUAGGGAAAAAUGUCUGGACCCUGACGUCAGUAUACUUUAAAAUAAUAAGCUAACUGAACAUGACUUUAUAAUAAUAAUAAAUAAUUUUUUGUGUGUAAAGUUGAUGAACAAAAAAGUUGUAAAAAUUUCUCAUCUGUUCGCUGAAGUCAAUGGAUUUUUUGUCUCUAAAAGGCUUUUUGUUGGAGCUGUUAUCUUGAUGUCAUUCUACAGCUGAUUUGGUUAUUGACUUGAUAUUUGUUUAUAUUAAAUUUAGGCAAGGAAACAUUGUAGACUUUGUUUUUAUAGCAUUCAUUGUACAUUAAACCUCUGACUAUGUAAGCACAUUAAAAUCACAGUUUAGCAAUGUAAAUGAAAAUGUUUGGUAGAGAAACAGUAUAAAAAAUCUGGAAUUUUUAAGUUUUAUUUGGGGGUAAAUUCUUUUGACAUUUGAAUAAAUUAUAAAUACUACUUUAGCCCAUCAUUAGGAUGGUUGUUUAGCUUUGUUGAACAAAGGUUAAAUUAAGAAUUUUAUCUUAAGUUAAUAUUGAUCUUUGUACAAAUCUAAAAAAAAAACAAUUUCCAUGGUGUUUCCAUGGAUUUCUCUAAUUUAAUAGAAAACAUCUUGAAGUUAAUAAUUAUGAAUCAUAACUCUCUAUCAGGCAUUUUACAUCUGGAGAGACUUUUUUUUCCCUUUGUAAGUUUCAUAGUACAAAAUAGCUUUGAAAAAUUUAGGUAUUAAUGUAUGCCGUGUUAUAAAUUAUUUAGAUUUGACCAAUGAAUUGCUUGCUUAAUAAGAAAAUAAUUUGGAAUUGUUAAUUUUUUCUUAGCUAGAUUUUUAUUAUAAAGGUGCUUUCUACUAUUUGUACUUUGAAUAAAACUGUAUAAUACUUGCAUUACAUGCUAAUCUUGUGAUGUAGUUGCUUCGAAUAAGACCAGAUGAGAGACAACCUAGCCGACCUUUGUUGACAUAAUAAUAAAUAAUCCAUCAGCCUUUUGACCUUUUGUUCUUUGUAUGUUCAUUUUCUUUUGAUGCCAUCUUCUUUUCAUGUGGGGCAAAAUGUGGGUUUCAAUAAUUUAGCCUGGAUGUUUGGAUCUUAGGUAUCUAUAGGAGCCACUCUUUGUAUCUUAAAAUUUCCAAUUACCUGCAGGAUUUGGUGAGAGGACUCUUGAGCUGACCUUCCCCUGUAGUUAUUGGCUUAAGACACCAAUAAUUUCAACAUUAACGAAUAUUGUUAAACUGUGUUUAUCCACCACAUUUGUCUGGCAUUGUUAUGGACAAUAAAGGAUUAGGUUUGAAUUUCGAGUGGUUGGAAAUUCUUAUGUCAGAAUUCUAAGGAUUCCCACAUGAACAGAAGACAGCAUGAGUAUUCCUUGCUUUCACUUUGUAUUUAUUAGAAAUGCAUGUUGCUGUGGGACUUGAGGUUUUGUGUUCACUUCUGUUUUCACUUCACUCAUCAUAGUUUGCUGCUUCUAUUGACAUUUAGUCCAACUGGUUUCAUUUUUUUUUUUUUUUACAUUUGGUUUUAUGCUGAACUUUAUAUUUAGCUUCAUCUAUCUCUUUUUCUCUAGUCAUUAAACUCUGGGGAUUUUUUUUUUUUCUGUACUUUUUUUUGUUCAGUUAAAAAAAAAACCUGCAAUUAUAUUAAUACAGUUUUUUUUUUUGAAAAGCGUUUAGUUGGAAAACAAAAAAGUAUAUUAAGUUUUCUUAUAACUUUAUUCACUACAUUAUGAUGCAUUCUUUUUUUUUUUUUUGAGAGGGUGGGGGCACUCCCACUUUCCAGUUCACCAUCACCUAAUGAGAAUCACACUAAAAAGUGUGGCUUAAUUAUUUUUUUUUGUAACUCUAAGAAUAAUUUCCAGCCAUCUUGGAUCAUUAGGUCACAAGUGACUGAAAAGUGUUACUUUCUUAAAUGGAAUGUACUUUACAGUUUUGAUCAUUGAAUGAAAACUAAUUUCUAAGCUUGACCUGCUUGAGAUAUUCAGUAAUUUGUUAAUAUAAUUUAUUCAAAGAUUUAAGGAGAGAAGACAGCCUUUAGGUAGGCAAGAGAGUUACACUAAGAAACUUAUAGGCCAACAGUUAUUAUGAAAUUAUUAUUCAGACUUCUUAACAUAUGCAGAUGUGAUGGAUUUACUAAUAAUUUUGUAUAUCUUGUUUUAUAAAUUGUAUAAAACUUAGGUUUAUUUUCUGUAAGCAAUAGUUUCAUGACAGUAAAGGAAAUAUAUACUGAAUCUAUUUAGAGCAGUUCUGAAAUAGAUGUUAACUAAUAAAAAAGAGUUAAUGUCUUAAUACUUUGUAAUUAAUUUUUGAUGAAAUAUCGCCAGCAGUUCUGUUCUUUGUACCUAUAUCACCUUGUUUUUCUCAUUGGUCUGAUCCAGUCAUGUUAUAGAAUAUUACAUACAUUCAAGUCAUCUGAUUCCAUGGCUUAUGUUCUAUCAAGAUGAUUAUCAUUUUUGUGUGUGUGCUUAGCUUUUAUAGGUCAGCUUACUUCAGCUGGGCUUUUGAACCAGCUUAACGGACCUCGUUCACCAAUCGUGAACAAACAACAUUCAGCCACAUGGUUCUCUAUCUCUUCUAUACAAAUUACAUAAUACACACAGGCUGUCACGUGACAGUUUUUCUCAUUGUUUUAUCAAUAUUAUCAUGUGGCUAAAUGUUGUUUGUUAACAAUUGGUGAAUGACGUCCAUUAAGUAAAAACUUGCCAAUCGCUGAUGCUUUCUGGGAUACCUGGGGAAAAAUGUUGCUAUUGCAGAAAUGAUUUUUGUUCCUCUUUUUCGCCUUACAGAACACACAUUUUGUUAACAUGAACAAAGAUAUAUAUAUAUAUAUAUAUAUUGUUUAAAACAUUGUUUAGAUUUUAGCUUUAGAUGGAUCUAUUCAUCCAAAUCUUUAAAUAGUUCAUUCCAUUUUUAAGACAGGAUACAACUUCACUUUAUGGAUAAUAGUGCUGAGCAAUGUAGGAUGUGAUCUAGAAUAAUUUAUAUAUAUAUAUAUCUGGACUUAAUAAUUGUAGAUAGCCCAAGUUGACAUGUGUUGACUGAUCAUGUUAUUGACUGAUGAUCUUAGUGUUAGAAUGAACAAAACCUCUUCAGUGUUGAGCCUGCUCUUUGUGUCCAGUACAUCUAUAGGAGCAUUCUCUAACGUUGCUUUCUUUUGUGUUACCAAAUAAUCUUCAAAGUGAGUUUCUGUCUACUGUGUAUGUGUAUGUAUGCAAUGACUAUUGGUCUACCUUUUGUCCAAAUAGCUGUAAGAUGUGUCACUAUUUCUAAACACCUACACACAGAACCUCAAAACAUAGAUCAGUGUACAACUUUUCCAUGUUUGGAAGCCAAUUAUCUUUUUUAAAAAGCCUAAUACUUUUUGUAAAGGGGUUAUUUAAACAUUUAUUUUUUACAAAGCUUAUAUCAACUCUCUCUGUCUGUUCGGUAAAAAAUUAGUACAUGUUAUUUAUUUGACACCCAAUCUUGGAUAAAGCUGAAAAUUUGCACAAUUAUUUCUCUUACCUGACAACACAAGAAUCAAUUUAAAGAAAAAUGAACCAAUUAGUUAAUUAACUAUUGGUAAUAAAAUAUUUUGUUUUGUAUUUCGAACAAGGGAAGGAAACUGUACUUGAUUGAAGUGGUGGUAUAAGCUGAAUUAGUCCCCUUUUAUAGGUCACCACUUUAAAGUAAGUUUGAAACAAAUAAUAGAUAACUAUACAAUCUUCUAUUUUCAUACACACUUUUCUAGCAGAGUGGUUAGAAUGUUGGCUUGAACAUAAAUUCCAAUUUAGGUCAUGUCCCUUUUUUUUUAAAUGCUUUAAAGAACGAAUUCAGUAAAAUGCACCCAGAUAUCUCUCUCCCCCCCUCCCCCAUUUUCCCAACUGCUCCAGACUAGUGAUAGGAUCAGAGUGUAGCGAGAAAGCUAAAAGCAUGAAAUAGUGCUAAACAAAAACAAUUGGUAAAAAUAUUUUUAAUUGCACAGAUUUAUUUUUGUUGGUCUAGAUCUAUUAGAGUUAAUGACAUGACUGGUCCAAACUAAUUGAUACAACUACACUUCAUAUAAGCUUCUUUUUUAAUUUUUAAUGUUCUCCUUGUUUACUACUGAACUUCAGAAACAAAUGGAAUAAAACUCAGUUUGAGUGGGAACUAUAUUUUAAGUCUACGUAUUACACUGCCCAGUAUUGAAGAGCUGCUAGUUAAGCACUUGGAAUAUUUCUGCUCCUUAACAAGGAGCCCACUUGUAGAAUGUAUUGCCAAGGCUUGAGGACCACUGAUCUUUGUCUCUAGAAACAAAAUAGAUUUGUAUAUUUAACAAUUUUUUUUUUCUUCUUGGUUUUUGUGUAAACACAAUCGUUUGGCUCUAGAGAUUGACAAUAUUUUCUUUUUUUUUUGAAGGCAUUUUUUUCCCGCAAUCUGUAAACUAUACUUGGCAUUUAUCUCAAGAUAUAUCACUGCGUUGCAUCAGUGUAUGUGUCACUGCAUCCAUCUGUUUGUGUGUCAGUGUGUGUAUAUCUAAAGGAACUUCUCUCUUUCUCUUGUAAUGAUAUGGAUAUUAACUGUACAGAUAUGUCAUUGAACUUUUUUUUUUUUUUUUUACACUAUAAACUUACAGCCAAUCAGAGACCUAUACAACAAGUCAUUGGUACUGAUAGCAUACAUUCAUUGCAGAGAUAAUGAACUUUUGACUAAAUGGAAAUUAAAGAAUAAAACAUGAUUUUUUUAAUAUAUUCUAGAUAUAUUUUAAAUGCAGUAUUUUAUAAAAUUUUCUGUAGUAACAAACUGAUCUUAGUAAAUGGUUGUAAACCAGCUUUAUUUCACAGGAUAUAUAAUCCCUGAUCAUUGAGGUAAUAUAUUGCUCAGGCCUGAAGAUAUUGUUUACUAUAAUGCUUUAGUCACUAGAAAAACUAGAAAGAUUGAUACUUGAAAGAUAGAUUCCAAGGAAAAUUUCAAGGGAAGUUAAUACACUAUUGUUGCCAGAGUUCUAAAACAUAUUGAAUAGAUCCUAUCAGCUUUGAUUGGCUUGUACUGUUCUGAUGCAAUCGUCACUAAUUGUUACAUGUAAAAUCUGUUUAUAUAUAUGUGGAAAUAUUUUAUCAGCUCAUGUGUCCAUAUAGUGUGGUGUGACAAUCUUGUGUCACAGUAUUGUGAUGUGACAGUCACUGUACUGUGUGGUGUGACAAACAUUGGUCAGAAGUAUUGAAGCAUUAUGGUUGCCAUAUUGUGUGGUGUGACAAUCUUGUAUCACAGUACUGUGAUGUGACAGUCAUAUCCCAGGACUGUGUGAAUAUUGUUUUGUUCAAGCCAAUAAUAAACAUUUUAAACAAUCA